AUGUCACUUCAGCAAGCUUUUGAUUUGCAUACUCCAGCCUCACUCAAAUGGACCGCUGCCCAAGAAAAGAGUCUGAGCAGAGACUAUCCCUUGCAAGAUCACGAUCCAGCGGAUCCAGCCCUCUUCGUUCAGCGCACUUACCUUCACUUCCUAUGGCUUCCUCAUUCAAUCAUGCCGCUCUCUCUAUUCAUUCCAUCUCUUCUUCGUAUUCGAGGAACUCCGGAUCUUGCAGAAGACCAGCCACAUCCUCUUCACGCCUUUAUCGAGCCUCUCCUCCUUUCUCUUCGCGCAGCCGCGAACAAGUACCAGAACGAGCUUCCUCAGAUCCUCGCAGACGGAGGCGGUGCAGGAGAAGCAGAGGAGAGCAUGAUGUGGUAUGCUUUGGGGUACGAGAAAGUCGAUGCCAGCAUGGAGCGUAGCGAACACCUCAACCGAGAAGACAACGCGAUGCUAGAAGAGAAGUGGAGGUCUGGCUGGCUUGAGCGCAUGGAGAAGCGUGAAGUUCAGAUUCAGAUCCUGCUGUAUUUCCUCAAGCUCUCUCUUCCUGGACCAUGCACCCCAUUACCGCCUGUCGAAGUGCCACCCACCAAUAACAUUCCAUUCAUUUCGCCCGCCAAACCCAGCCGUUCACGGAAAAAGAAGAAAGAAAAAGCAAAGUUGAUCGUCCCAUCCUCUAUCGAGCGUCUCGAAUCCUUCAUGGACAAACUCUCGAUGUGGCAACUCGUAUCACUCAUGGAUACAUCUCGCAAUGAGAUUACGACUCGCAAUAAGAAUGAACGUGACUGGAUGCAAAAAUUCUGCGAGGACGUAGUCGAACCACUGUUCAAAUCAAAGCUCCCGGAGCAAUGUACCCUCCUCCGCUCCAAACUCUUCCCAAACUCUCCUUUCUCCAACGAACCCCCUUCUCCAGGACCAUCUACAGAGAAAUCAUUUCCCCGGUCUCGUUCUCAUCAUCAUUCAUCAUCGACUACUGCAACAGGCUCACAAAGUGGUGUAACGGCAAGGGUCCCUGCUCGCACUCGCUCGCUGUCGGUGUCACUCGCGCAGGAAAAAGAAAAGGAACGUGCAGCAAGCGUAGGCGCAACGCAGGAAAAGGCACUUCAGCGUGCACUAACACGGCAGAUCAGCAUGUCUCGUACAUGGAAAGGGAAAGAUCGGUCGAUGGCUGCAGUGUCACAGGGAGAGAACAAGGUGCUUGCUGCAACUGUUAAGCGCAUCAUUGGGCGCACGGAUUCCCUGUCCCAAUCCUCCCAAUCUCGCGCGGCGCCAGCGAUCACCCUUGUAACCGCUACGCCUGUGAAGAAACCACCUCCCCGUGCCAAGUCAAACGCGUCAGCUCGGAGCUCGAGUCCUAUGCCUAAUACCAGGAGCUCGAGCGUACUUACCACAGGGAGGAGUUCGAGUCCACACCUCGCUGGGCGAUCUUCGAGUCCUCCGACUGCCCGCAGCUCAAGUUCUACGCCGCUGGACACAGAUAACAAUGAACUUCCUUUCGCGUCUGACCCUUUACUUGAGUUCUCCUCUGACAGUCUGGGCAAUGUAAUGGACGAAGACGAGGAUGCGGAGGGAGAAAUAUGGCUCCCAAACUCUUCACCUGAUGUGUUACUGCUUGGGAAGAGCGGCUGGGUCGUAGGUGCCAAGAAACGUGACUCACAAGUUAUGGCUUCGGAUACCCCUGCCAGGAAGCGGAUGAAACUUGGGAGGUAG